AUGCCGGCUUCUAUUCUUGACCUUCCAACGGAACUCAUCCUGGAGAUCAUCCAUUCAAACAACUCUACAGAUGCUACCGUUACCAUCGCCUGCCUGGGAAUGACUUGUCGCCGUCUCCGUAACAUAUGUCAGGUUCUUGUCCUGGAGCGCCAACUUCCCGUACUGCGCGCAUUAGUGAGAAGACGUCGCCUCUUCAUCUACAAGAACUCUGGUUCAAUCGCAAUGAAAGAUGAAGAUUUAGACGACGUGAAGGAGAUAUAUGCUUCAUUCCACAAAAUCAAAUACGCCCCCGUAACCUUCACUGUCCAGGACAACGCAAGCGUCCACGGACUUAUUUUUCACGCCAACACUGUUGGUCAUAUUAACAUCAAUCUCGAUUUACUAGCCGAGGAAGAAAAUUGGUACAAACCGCUGGCUUCGUUGAUCAGGGUUUCGUCAGAGAAGAACAUGGCAGGCUUGACCAUCAGGGCUUUACCACACAGCUACUUCACCCCCCUACCCAUCCCAAAAACGCCAUCCAGUCCUGUAAAAAACUAUCUUUCCAUUUUGAGCCGACUUAAGGACCGCUUUUUUGCUCAUAAAACGCGGUCACCGCGGCCAGGUGGUAUCGGUAGUACUCGCCAGGUCGGCGCACCAGAAAGAGAGAGACUGCCCAACUUCACGGGCGUAUGUUUCAGUACACCCCGAGGACUCAAAAGUUUUGAGAUAGACUCUCCCCUCCCUUUCCGUGGAGCAUGCCUUCCGGAGACCUUGCAAGCUCUGAAUGGUGGAUACCUUAUUAAAUUAUCUCUCUUGAACACAAGACUUUAUAUGUCGGAUUGGAGUCACAUAUUGCCCUUACUGUCCAUGCCUCUCCUAUCCGAAUUCAACGUUGGGGAUUCCGACAUUGCUUUUCGCGACCUUUCACCAUUCUUGCUGCGUCAUUCAAGCAUAACCCACCUCGACCUAUCUUGCAGUAGUCCAAUAGGACCAAUCGUGCCCCAGAAGGGCUUUCUUCCUUGCCUGGAAGUAAUCACCGGAAACCCCGAUUAUCUUUCAGGAUUACUUUCCGGUCGGAGACACUUGUUCCCACAUCUACGCUCUGUCGUGGUAAGGCAUUCCCCCAAUCCCAUCCACUGGCAGGACAAAGCUCUUGAUGAUCUCUUGCGAAGCUUAGCGGAUCGUAAGGGACCGGGGACAAUUCACCUUUCCAUUCAAUUUUUUCAACUGAGAUGGAUUUCCAAGGCCAAGUUAAAAUCACUUUCCUUGGAUUGCGUUAUCGAGUCCGGAUUCCCCAUUUCCUCACAGAUGUACGACAGUUUCUUUUCUUGGCUACCGGUCAAGUUCCCGUAUGUUCAAGAGCUGGAUUUGACGUGGGUUGUUCCCCCGGACCCGAACAUGUGGACCUGGAGAUUAGAUGUGUUGUGGGACUUCUGUCCGGAGUUGCAGUCGAUCAUUGUCAGGGAAAAAACCUACCAGCGGCCUGCGAAAGCAGUUCAGUAA